AUGGCAGUGACCAGUCAACAAGACAACGAGCUUGCUAUGCUGUUUGGCAAAGGGGAUGGAACCUUUCAGACUCAAAUGAACUAUACGGUUGGCAAUUUUCCAUCUUCUGUAACAUCCGGUGAUUUCAACAAUGAUGACAAACUGGAUCUGGCAACAGCAAACCGGGGAGACAAUACCAUCAGUGUGCGGCUUGGAAAAGGUGACGGAACCUUUCAGACUCAAAUGAACUAUACGGUUGGCAACAGUCCAUCUUCUGUAAUAUCCGGUGAUUUCAACAAUGAUGACAAACUGGAUCUGGCAACGGCCAACUCGAAUGACAAUACCGUCAGUGUGCUGCUUGGCAAAGGAGAUGGAACGUUUCAGACUCAACUGGACUAUACGGUUGGCAUUUCUCCAUCUUCUGUAAUAUCCGGUGAUUUCAACAGUGAUGACAAACUGGAUCUGGCAACGGCCGACUCGAUUGACAAUACCAUCAGUGUGCUGCUUGGCAAAGGAGAUGGAACCUUUCAGACUCAAAUGAACUAUACGGUUGGUAACUCCCCACAUUGUGUAAUAUCCGGUGAUUUCAACAGUGAUGACAAACUGGAUCUGGCAACGGCCAACUCGAAUGACAAUACCGUCAGUGUGCUGCUUGGCAAAGGAGAUGGAACCUUUCAGAUUCAAAUGAACUAUGCGGUUGAUAGCUAUCCAUUUUCUGUAAUAUCCGGUGAUUUCGACAAUGAUAGCAAACUGGAUCUGGCAACAGCCAACUUGAUUGACAAUACCGUCAGUGUGCUGCUCGGCAAGGGAAACGGAGCCUUUGUGCCUCAAAUGAACUAUGCGGUUGGUAGAUACCCAUCUUCUGUAAUAUCAGGCGAUUUCAACAAUGAUAACAAACUGGAGCUGGCAACAGCCAACCAGCUCGACAAUACCGUCAGUGUGCUGCUUGGCAAAGGUGACGGAACCUUUCAGACCCAAACGAUCUAUACGGUUGGUAGAUACCCAUCUUCUGUAACAUCAGGCGAUUUCAACAAUGAUGACAAACUGGAUCUGGCAACAGCCAACCAGCUCGACAAUACCGUCAGUGUGCUGCUUGGCAAAGGAGAUGGAACCUUUCAGACUCAAACGAACUAUACGGUUGGCAACAGUCCAUCUUCUGUAAUAUCCGGUGAUUUCAACAAUGAUAACAAACUGGAUCUGGCAACAGCAAACCGGGGAGACAAUACCGUCAGUGUGCUGCUUGGCAAAGGAGAUGGAACGUUUCAGACUCAACUGGACUAUACGGUUGGCAAUUUUCCAUCUUCUGUAAUAUCCGGUGAUUUCAACAAUGAUAGCAAACUGGAUCUGGCAACGGCCAACGGGGGAGACAAUACCGUCAGUGUGCUGCUUGGCAAAGGAGAUGGAACCUUUCAGACUCAAAUGAACUAUGGGGUUGGUAGAGACCCACAGUGUUACAAUGGAAAAGAAAAAGAAAGUAUUGGACGUCCGGCAGAUAGUAAAGAGAAAGAGAUAGUAAAAUAA